AUGUCUCGACCAAUUAUCGCAAUUGCAGGACUUGCUUGCGAGACUUCGACCUUUUCCCCCGCUCGGACACUUGGUGGGGCAUUUCAUCCACGCCGAGGCACGGAGGUGGUCGAGGAAUACCCUUUUUUACAUCGCGGCACUUAUCUAGCAGAGGUUGUAGAUUGGAAGGGGGCGCUUAUCGGCCAUGCUCUUCCAGGGGGAAUGGUUGUAAGGGCUGACUUUGAACAACUUUCUAGGGAAAUCCUAGAGCGGCUGGCUGCAAUCGUUGCCUCAACCCCCAUUGAUGGAUUAUGGUACGAUAUCCACGGGGCAAUGUGUGUGGAGGAUAUGGAAGAUGUCGAAGCAGACCUUCUCCGGCGGAUCAGGACUGUUAUUGGCCCAGAUGUUCUGGUCUCCGCAUCCAUGGAUCUGCAUGGAAAUGUGUCCAGAGAGCUGGCCCACCAGACUGAUCUGAUCACUUGCUAUCGUAUGGCGCCUCACGAGGAUGAAUUGGAAACAAAGGAACGGGCGUGUCGCAACCUUGUCCAUGUUCUGAUGUCACGGACUGACACUGGACGAAAGAAUAGACCCUUGAAAUCAUGGGUCCCAGUUCCUAUCUUGCUGCCGGGGGAGCAGACCUCAACUCGCAACGAGCCAGCAAAAAGCCUGUAUUCCCUGAUUCCACAAAUUGAAUCAAUGAAUGAUGUGUUAGAUGUGGCUAUUUGGGUUGGCUAUGCAUGGGCAGAUGAGCCACGAAAUCAUGCUGUGGUAAUGGUGACCGGGUGGAAUAAGGUUGCCGUCAUUGCAGGAGCAAAGCGACUUGCAUCUUUCUUCUGGGGUGUUCACCGGGACUUCCAUUUUGUUGCACCGAUUGGGUCGUUCUCCGAAUGCAUUGACCGCGCAUUGGACUCCUCAGCCAGGCCGUUCUUUAUAUCUGAUUCGGGAGAUAAUCCUACCGCUGGUGGAUCAGGGGAUGUGACAUUUGCCCUUAUACAAUUGCUGGAGCGCACGGAAUUUCGAAAAGAUACCAACCCAACUGUGAUUUAUGCCAGCAUUCCAGGCCCCAAGGCAAUUGAUGUUAUCAUAAAGGCAGGUGUCGGUACCACGGUGACGGUCACCACCGGUGCGCAAGUUGACAAUCUGCACGCUAGCCCUAUUACUAUGACUGGACGCAUUCAUUCCAUUAAGUAUGGAGAUCCUGACGCUGAGGUCGAAGCAGUUCUACAGGUUGGAAGCGUAUUUACCAUCCUGACCAAACUCCGGAAGCCGUAUCACCAUGAGAGUGAUUUCAUUAAUCUAAAUCUCAGUCCGCGAGAGGCGCAUAUCGUCAUAGUCAAGAUCGGCUACCUCGAGCCAGAGCUCUUUGGUAUGGCGGCAGACUGGAUGCUUGCUUUGACACCUGGCGGUGUCGAUCAAGAUUUGCUACGUCUUGGACACCACCGUAUCCGGCGUCCACUAUGGCCCUUUGAUAAAACGUUUCAGACAGCCCCCGAUCUUUCCCCACAGUUGAUUCCAUUCUCGAAUGAAGAUUUAGAUAUGAAUUAG